GCGACUGUAGAGUACCCUGGAACCUCAACGGCUGGACUUUUUCUCAUUUGCGGAAGAAAAACACUCUUUGCAAAAGCAUUCUCGGGGAUUCCGGGGUUUAUAGGCUUGGUUUUCGCAUCGACACCAUUUCGACGGCACUGUAAAUGUUCACGGGGCUCUAAUUUAAGAAGGAAAGGACAGCGCAAACAGGAAGAGGCUUGGACAAGAACAGAAGAAAAAGAGAAGGGGCGGGAUGCAAGAGGGAAACCGAGUGGAAGAUAUUGAUAGGCUGGGACUCGCAGGAAAUCAGGAGGAUUAGAGACUCUCUUAGAGCAAGACAAGAUGAAGCCCAUUAAAAAGCAAGAAAGGCGGUCGCCCCCAUCCACUCGCGCCAAGGGAGUUAAGAGGAGGACAGCGGACAGUAGCCCACAGGAAGAGAAGAGAGAAACAGAGGAAAAACCCCAAAUUUCACCUACCUCUCCCAAGAGACAUAUCUCCUCAAAUUCUGACUCAUCACAGGAAGGGCCACUGAGAAGAAGCGGGUCUCCGGAAAAGGAGGGGGUCCUCAGUAUAGCAGUGGAUUUCGGGAAGACAGAGGAAUGCCCCGGAAGCUCUAAGUCUGGCGGAACACAGAGUGACAGCAACAGUAGCACGAUCAGCGCCAGCAACAGCCCCAACACUUCUAGUCGCAAGACGGCCACUUUUAAGGCCCGUGUGCCUAAGAAGAAGUACACCUCGGAGCACUGUGCUGGAAACCAUGGCAACGGCAGCACUCCCAGCACACCCCCACAGAGCAGCAGCAGCUCUCAUAACGGAAGUGGUGCUAGUCAGGGCCCAGCUGCCUCUGCUGCACACACGGCCCUACACGGUCAAAGCCAGCUGACUGAGGACAGCAUCACUGGGUACGGACACAACAAUGUAACUGGGCCUACAGGUAGAACUGCAGGUGAGUGCGGAGAGAGGGACAGGCCGAGCGCAUCCAGCCCACAGCGUUGCUCCUCAACCGACACAGCCAGCGAACACUCGGCUGACCUAGACGUGACAGCUUCAAGACGUGAUUCUCACUUCAACUCCCAAAAGCCACAAGCACAUAGCGCUUUGACAUCCAUGCAGGAGAGCCUGUCAUCUGGUCUAGCCGGCGUCCUCGCCAAAGGUCUCAAAAAUCAGAGAGUUCUGGCCCGACAGGGUCCCAGAUUAGGGGAAGGCUGGCCUCACGAUCGGGGCCGGGAAAUGUCUGAUGUGUUUCGCACUGGAGUUGUGCGGAGAGUUAGCGAGGAGCAUGGGAUUGUGGAGGUGCAACUAAAUGGAGAAAAGACCAUAUGCAAGUACCCAUUUCGAGUGGCUAUUGAUUCUGUUGACCUUAUUCUAGAUGCGUCACCUCCCGGUGUGGCCCCGGUGGCUAUAGGCACACAAGUCUGCAUCCCCUUCGGAGGAGGUGACGAGGGCAGUGAGGGAGCGCAACCGUGGUACAGAGAAGGUAUAGUCACUCAAGUAGAUCCACAUCCAGCUGUGUCUUUCCCAUACCGUGUUCAGCUAAGGGAAGAUCGGUCUGAUGAGAGAAAGGAGAGGAGAGGUGUGGAAGAUGACGGAAGGGCUCAGGCCAUUUGGGUCUCACGACAAAAUCUCCGCCUCCUGGUUCCUCCUUGGGACUUAGAGCCGCCCCAGCCAGCAGAGCCAGGGAUUGAUGGUAGGAGGGUAAGAGAACGAGAGUGGGAGGAAAGAGAGGACAUGGAAGUGGAGCAGGAGGUGGUUCAACUGACUAGACCAACGUUUGUUCAGAGUUUGCUGCAACCUUACCCCUCACCCCAUUCUUCGUCUUCUGUCGUUAACACUGCCAUCACAUCUGUAUUCAGUGUGGCCCCAAACAGAGACUGGGAAAAUCACAGAGAGAAGGAUCAGGAAAGAGACUUGCAUAGGCACUUAGAGAGAGAAAGGGAACGAGAACGAGAAAGGGAGAGGGAGAGGCAAAAGCAUCAUCCUCUUCAUUCAUCCACCCCAGAUGGGGUGGACUUGGAAGUCAGCUGUCUUAGCCAGCUAAGGGAUGGUGGCAUCACUGCCUUGGGAAGCAAAGCUCUGGGGGCUCCUUCUCAGCAUCGGCCCAUUCUUUCUAAACCAAACUACCUCAGCCCUCACCUUUCUGUGGUGAGAGGGCUCAGCACCCCAAUUGCACCCCACCUGCCCCUGGCUCCUCACCAAAAUCACCCCCCUAUGCUCCUGGGCCUGGAUUCAGCCACAGGUGCGGCAGUCAUCUCCUCCACGUCCCAGCUUCCUCCCUUGCCCCCAAGCUCUUCUCGAGGCUCCCUGGACAAGACCCCCAGCUCCAACUCGCAUGGUGCAUCAGGGGGUGGCUCUGGAUCCUCGUCCUCUUCGUCACGUUCCCGCACACCCCUCACGGCCGCUCAACAGAAGUUCAAGAAGGGCGAUGUGGUGUGCACCCCUACAGGCAUCCGCAAGAAGUUCAACGGAAAGCAGUGGCGCAGACUGUGCUCACGUGAAGGCUGCUCGAAGGAGUCGCAGAGGCGCGGCUACUGCUCUCGGCAUCUCUCCAUGCGCACCAAAGAGAUGGAAGCCGGAGGCGGGGUUGGCCGAGACAGGAGUGGCGCCAGUAGCACUGGCACCCUCACACCUGACCUUCGUUUAGGUGGGCGCACCAGCAGCGAAUAUGACUGGGACGACAACUCAAGAGACAGCAGUGAAGCCAGCAGCCGUGGCGGGGACUCUCGACCACGUCUGGUGAUGACUUCUCUUAUACCACAAGAACUGCCACGUGACAUGUCGCGCUUUGACUUUGACGAGUGCGAGGCUGCAAAUAUGCUGGUCUCACUUGGCAGCUCACGCUCGUGCACGCCCUCAUUCUCACCUGUAUCCAAUCAGUCACCGUUCUCACCUGCGCCGUCCCCCUCGCCCACGCUAUUUGGCUUCCGCCCAGCUAAUUUCAGCCCCAUCACAGCACCACUGACCCCUCGCCGCCCUCGCCACCUCAGUGGCACGAAAAUCCCUGGCACUCCCAGCGCAGAACGUGAGCGCCACAUCUCUGGCAUCAUCCCCACUUUUCAGACCAACUUGACGUUCACUGUACCCAUGAGUCCCAGUAAACGUAAGCUGGAUGUCCCUCCACCCCCGCUGCCUAGUGCAUCAGACUAUGCGAAAUCUGAUCCCCAAUUCAAUGACCCCGGCCUCAGCCUCAAUACGGCAGCAUUCAGGGUUCUAUCCCCCCAAAGCCAGCCUACCACCCCCUCAUCUCUCUCAUUUCCUCGACAGAGGAGUGUCACAAGCCGACCCUCAUCCGCUGCCGCUUCCACUCCACCCCCUAUGCUGGUUUCUCCCACACCACCCUCACCACUGCCACAGGAUCCCAGCUCACGUCGUAUCGUUCCCCUACGCGAUUCGCCUGUCAUUGUUCGUAACCCCGAUGUGCCAUUGGCAAAAUUCAGCGAUGGUCCCCUGAGCCGUAGAGCAAGCUCACGCUCUAGGGAGCACAGUCAGCCCCCUCACCAUGCCGUGGGCCUCCAGGCCCCUGUGCCCAUAAAUGGCGCUGCCACCAAUGGAGCCGUUCUCCUUCGCAAUCCCGCUCCCACCUUAGUCCUGGUGACUUCCUCUCAGUCAUUGACGCCUGUGGCUCCUGGACAUCCCGCACAUUCAAACUCUGCCGCUUUGAAUGUGUCCACCUCUAAUGCAACCACUGGACCUGCCCUUGCACUAUCUGGCUCAGGAGGUAAAGAGCAAGAGAGGAAGUCAGGUGGGCCUGCAGAUGCAGGUGGUGCUCUCCCACAGCCUGUGGCUUGCCAUCCUUCACCCACUGCUCUGUUGCCCCUCAUCCUGCCAGCCGAGUCCCCUCACCCUGCUCCUCGCAAAGACAUCAUCAUGGGACGGCCUGGCACUGUUUGGACCAAUGUGGAGCCCCGCUCUGUGCCAGUGUUUGCGUGGCAUUCGUUAGUUCCUUUUCUGGAGACCAGCCAGACAAAAAUGUCCAUGCAGCCUUCAGAUGGCCAAACACUUGUAAAUCAGAGCAAAGAACCUCGCUGUGGAGUUGCCCUUGUGACUGAGGGACCUACUGACCAUCCAGCCCCAGAGAGAGGUUCCCCGUCUUGCCCCCCUCCUAUUGCUGAAGACCCACCCGUGGAGAGAGGAGGUGACAGUGAGACCGAGAGUGAUGCUGACGACCUUUUUUUCCCAGCUCAAGACACUGCUUCAUCCACCAGCCCAGUGAAAAGGCGCACACAAUCUCUCAGUGCACUCCCAAAAGAAGGUGACAAGAAGAGGGAAAAGGACCACAUCAGACGGCCAAUGAAUGCAUUUAUGAUCUUUAGUAAGCGGCACCGUGCGCUGGUUCACCAGCGGCACCCCAACCAGGACAACCGUACUGUCAGUAAAAUACUGGGUGAGUGGUGGUACGCGCUGGGACCGAAAGAGAAGCAGAAGUACCAUGAUCUUGCCUUCCAGGUGAAGGAGGCUCAUUUCCGAGCUCACCCUGAUUGGAAAUGGUGUAACAAGGACAGAAGGAAGUCCCUGUCUGAGGGCCGGGGAACUCCAGGGGCCAAAGAAGCUCGAGAGCGCAGUGUAUCUGAAAGCACAGAGGCCCAUUCCACAUCUCAGGGGGUAGACCACAAAGGAGCAGGACCCAGCUGGACUUCACCUCGGUCUGACGCUCACGGAGGAUCAAUGGGAGGGCAGCUUCAACGGCCUCGUGCCUUUUCCCAGAGCGCUGUGCAUAUUCUGGAGAGGAGGGAGAAGGAGAGAGUGCUGGAAAGCACGAGACUGUUUCAUCCCCGUGCACCUGCUCACCCUCGACGACCGAGUGAGGAUGUGACCAGUGAUGAAGAGCCUAUGGUGAUCUGCGAGGAGGGGGAUGAUGAUGUCAUAGAAGACUCGUUUGCAGACGGCUCCAUUGACCUGAAGUGUAAAGAGAGAGUGACAGACAGCGAUGAUGAAAACGAGCAUGCAGAUGAAGCUGACAGCAAGCGCACCUUCCAACCAGUCCAUUCCUCUUUGGCAUUCUCUCCGACCGGCACAACUGGCAACAAAGACAACGAAGACGGGCGUGAAAAGAACCUGGAGAAGAAGGAGAAGAGAGGCAUGGGUGGUGCAGAACUGGAUAAUGGGGGGCCCAAAGAAGGGAAAGGAGGAGGUGGAGGAUGGCAGGUUCCGUUCCAUGUUAAUUCGGCCUCCGUCACUGGUAUAAACGCCACUUUGCCGCACGAUGCCGGGAGAUAUUCUUCGCAAGGCGCUGUCAGGAUGGCCCCCACCGUGGUGACCAAUGUUGUUCGUCCCAUCACUAGCACCCCUAUCCCCAUCGCCAGCAAGCCAGCUGAUGGGGAGAUCCAGAUACAUGUCUUACUUGGGAAAAGUCACUGUGUCUCAAAUCUAACUUCUGCUGUGCUUUUGUUGCACAGGAUCACAUAUGUCCAGUCAACUCCUGGAGUUGCAGCUCCUUUGCCAUUGGGUUCAACACCUGCAGUCUCUUCCACCCACCAGACCCCAUCAUCUGCGGGUCCAUCUUUUUUGCGAUCUCCAGUGGCGACCCUUGGCUUCACUGCAAUUGCCCCAGCCAGUCAGGCCUUGGUUCAACCUAUUGUUGCAAGUCAGCCACCUCUCCUGGCUCAAUGCCCGCCCCCGAGUGGACUGGCACAACCUGCACAAGCCUCGACGGCCACUCGUCAACUUGUGACCACCAUUUACCCCAGCGUCAGUUUAGCCAGAGGAGUUGUGUCAGUGACAGCCGUGCCACAAAGCACAGCAAGUUCCACAUCAGUUCCAGCAUCAUCCUCAAUGCCUCAAGAGAAGACCCCCUCAGCCGCGGCUGCGCAACCACACGCGCAGCUGCAGUCUCAGGUAAACAUGCACAUGGAAAAUGAGAGAGGACCAGAAUCUAGGAAGGAGACGGAGAAACAGAGAGACCUGGUGGUGUCAAAGGAUGGACAUCAGACGCCACCUAGUGGUUUGGAGGAAUCGGUGCAGCACACACAUAAAGGUCAGCAUUGUGAAGGGAAGGAGGAUGGAAAGAAAGGGAGCAAAAUGGAGCGAGAGUCUGAGAGAGACGUAGGAGGGGACCCGUCUCAAACAGAGAGAGCUGAGAGAGCAAGAGCGAUGGAAGGGGAGACAGAGAGUCAAGCUGAGAUCAACAGCAAAGACGAGAGUCGAGAGGCAGGACGCAGGGAAGCUUCUGUUUUGGACCCCCCACCACCCCCUUUGCAGACUGACCCCCCUUCAGUUAAAAAGACCAAGUUCCGACCACCUCCACUGAAAAACACCACUGAUGCUGGUGACAACUAUCUAGACUCCGCCGACGACCCCAGUUCACCACGGAGGAAGAGUUGCCGCUUGUCCAGCUGCAGCUCAGAGCCCAACACACCCAAGAGUGCUGCCAAGUGUGAAGGGGACAUCUUUACCUUCGACAGGGCUGUUGGAGAGACAGAGCAUAUUUCGGAGGAGUCGGACCGUGUGCCACCUUCCUCUCUGCGUAGGAUGUUGGACCAGCGGCGUGCGCUCGUUAUGCAGCUCUUCCAGGAGCACGGCUUCUUCCCCUCAGCGCAAGCCACAGCUGCCUUCCAAGCUCGCCACUCGGACACGUUUCCCAGCAAGGUGUGCCUGCAGCUGAAGAUCCGCGAGGUAAGGCAGAAGAUCAUGCAGACUGCCGGCAGUUUUGAAAGCAUGGGAGGCGUGGCCAUUGGAAGCUCUGACUCCGCCUCUACUCCCGGACCAUCCAAUUCAGCGGCCAGGGAGAAUUCCGAAGCGGACGAGAGGGGCAGGGCCACGGAAGAGCCAAAGAAAGACGCGGCCGAUCCGCAGGAGUCGAGAUGAAGAACGACAGAGGAGACGAGCGGAACGAAAGAAUGAAAGGCGAAUGUAGGGAUGGAUUCUAGAAAUGUGUAAACCCAUUUCCGCUGGCGAUAUACAGUGCAGCACUUAUGUGGAUUUUGCUUCGUUCCUAAUCGAACUGAUUUCAUUGCCAUUGCGUUCACUUCGUUGAUGUUCUGUUGUUAUGCACAGUUACACACACACACACGCACACACACUUUAUGCAAUUACAUAAUAAUAUCACUUUCACACAUUAACGACUUGCACAAGGAGCGCAUGAGGUCGCACUCAUUUGCAUAUGCCACUCGUGUUAGGCCGUCAUUGGUCCACCUCUGCAUUAGGGCGUGGCUUUACUUUCUGUCGGAAUUUUAGAGCCCUUCAAUGCUGCACCACAGGCAGCACCAAACCAGCCUGUCUGCACACGCUCAGUAAAGCCCCCUGCGUGGGGCCAGCACAGAUUUUUAUCGAAUGGACUGAAUGUUUUAGACGAGAAAUUAGACUGUUUGAGGUACCGGUAACUUUCAAUCCAAAACGGGGAUGGGGUGGGUUGUGGGGGAGGGGGUACAAAUGCGCUUGCACUUUCAUUUGUAAAGACCGAGAGACAGAGGAAAGCAAUAGCCGGGGGAGGAGAAGGGUCUUCGUGCGAAUGUUACUCCCCCGUGACGGGGUACAUGCAUCGGCUGUUACUGUUCUUCAGCACGGGCUGUAAAUUCACAGGUUUUUUUUUGGUUUUCGUCCCAGAAGCAACAAACUCGAGACUCGUAAUCACGUAGACCAGCGGAGCAGAAAACAGAGGCUACGGCGACCGCCACAAUCGCAUAAACAACAACAACAACAACAACACAGCACACUCAAAAGCGAGAGAGGAAAACAUUGUCCUAACCUCGAAAAGAAGACGCAAACGAAUAGAGACACUACCCCUCUUCGAAUCAACGUGUAGUUAUGCUUUGUCGUUUUGUUGUUGUGUCGUAACGGUGGAACUGACUGAUAUCCUAUUUUGUAUUAGCUUGCGCCUCUCUUCUUCUUCUUCUUCUUCCUCUAGUAAUAUUUUCAGCAUGGACUAAUCCAGCUAUCUAAGUGUUGGAGCGAUUACGUCGAAAAGAAAAAAAACCUCUGGUUUAGCCUCUUAGCUGAAGCUCCUCUUCUCUGGCCACCGACUUAGGCUUUUCCCUGUACACUGUAUAUAUAUAUAUAUAUAUAUAACCGUGAUGGCUGGGGAGGGGGGCAGAGGGUGGGCACGAGGCUCUCUCUGUGUUCUUUUCCUUGUUUCUUUCUUGCUUUUUUAUAUUUCAAUCAGGUGUUUGCACAAUAUAUGGUCCUAGACCAUGGUUUAAAUCAGGAAAGUAUUUGUUUUUAGAUAUUUAAAAACUAACCAACGACUUUGUUCCAUUGUGUUCGAUUCUCCCUUUCCGCAUCCCGUAAGGAAAGCCCUUGUUUUUUCAUCUCCUUAAGACUUUUAACCCAAGUGUUGAUGGAAAGUGCCACUUUAAGCGCUGGUCUGGAGUCAGAGUAAGCUUUGUAGUCUGCGACGACCAUUUCGAUUCGGGAUUACGCAAGGGAAAGCUGACCCGAGACCAGCGCUGGGGCGGCAUUUCUCAGGAUCUCCUCUUUCUUACUCUGCCUCUUCUUUCAUUGGUGCAAUAGGACGUGGGUGGGAAUUUUUUUUUGAAGUAGAGGAGUGACCUGUUAGUGCCAUAGAUUUUCACUGUAGAAGCUGUAAUAAAAAAAAUAUAUAUAUACAUAUAUUGAAAGGAGAGUGGGGGGAAAAAUCAAUGAGUAUCGAGAGAGAAAUCCAAACUGAACAAACUAAAAAAAAAUGUAACCUAGCACUUUCUUGCGUCUGGUUUUGCUGAAGGAGAAGGAGUGAUGAGUAUAAAAAUGCUACUCAGUCUUCACUUGAAUGUGUGACAAUAUAAAUGUAUAAAUAUACCAAUAUAUUUCUAUAUGUCCAUGAUAUACAGAUGUCUGUGUGUGUGCGAGCGUAUGUACUUAAACAUUACAUGCACCCUGACAAAUCAAACUUACUCCCGAGCAAAUGCUAUUCAUAUUUUCCCUCCUGAAAAUGCAGUGGCACUACAUUAAAAGACUGUUAGCAUAUGCCUGAAAACCGGUGGCUACUGACGUGCGCGAGGAGAAAUCGGCAUAUGUAACCAUUCAGCUCGAUUCUGAACUUGAUUAUUAUCUGCCCUUUCUUUCCCUUCCCCCAGCGACAGACAAAUGCUUGCACACACACACACAUACCUGCACAUGUAUGCGUGUACACCUUAUGAUUGCGUAUCCAAUAAACUGUCUUUACGUUGGAGAAGGAGUUUUAGAGUGAGAAAGGUGAGUGUAAACUCAUCAACAGGCAUGUUGACCAUGUGCAAUAUUUCUAAACGAGAUUAUUGAAAAAAUUAAAGACCUAACACAA